UUAUUCAAACUGGAUUCAACAUUCUGUCGAAAUCACAUUCAAAUGGAGGGAGAAUCAUCAUCUUCUUCAUCUCCAUCAUUAUCUCCUCUUCAUCCAAUCCAUCCCCCAGCUUAUGGAAAUUUAAUCACAAUUCUCAGCAUUGAUGGAGGAGGUAUCAGAGGGAUCAUUCCUUCCACCAUCCUUGCUUUCCUUGAAUCCCAACUUCAGGAGCUUGAUGGUGAGGAUGCAAGACUUGCGGACUAUUUCGAUGUGAUCGCAGGGACAAGCACAGGCGGCUUGGUGACAGCCAUGAUCACUGCUCCAAAUGACAAUAAUCGUCCCCUUUUUGCCGCCAAAGACAUCAAAACUUUUUAUCUCGAGCAUAGCCCUAGGAUCUUCCCACAAAAGAGGGGCGUAUUCGGAUCAAUCAGAAGCAUGGUGAAAUUACUAACGGGUCCCAAGUACAACGGGAAAUACCUUCAUCGGAUAAUAAGGGAGAAACUCGGAGAGACCCGUUUGGGUGAAACCUUGACCAACGUUGUCAUUCCAACGUUUGAUGUGAAGCAUUUGCAGCCAACCAUUUUCUCCACCUAUGAGGUGAAGAAAACCCCAUCUCUGGAUGCUCGAUUGUCCGACAUUUGCAUCAGCACAUCCGCGGCUCCAACUUAUCUUCCGGCCUAUAACUUCAAGAAUCAAUACGAUGAAGGGAAUGUACGAGAAUUUAAUCUCGUCGAUGGCGGUGUUGUUGCUAAUAAUCCGGCUCUGGUUGCCAUAAGCCAAGUAACAAAGCAAGUCUUCGCGGGCGGCAAAAAUCAGGAUUUAUUUCCAUCUAAGACGAUGGAUUACGGCCGAUUCCUGGUGAUUUCAAUCGGUACCGGCACGGCGAAAGUGGAAAUGAAAUACAAUGCUACAAGCGCAGCCAAAUGGGGUGUUUUGUGCUGGUUGAUGCAUGGAGGUUCUAGCCCUAUUGUUGAUGUGUUUACUCAAGCAAGUGCUGAUAUGGUUGACUUUCACAGUUCUGUGUUUUUUCAAGCCCUUCAUUCUCAAGAUAACUACCUCAGGAUUCAAGACGACACACUUUGCGGAACAGAUGUUUCGGUUGAUGUCUCCACAAGGGAGAAUUUGGAGAAGCUUGUCAAAAUUGGGGAGAGCUUAUUGAAGAAGCCCGUUUCAAGGGUAAAUUUGGAGACUGGAGUUACGGAGCCGAUCGACAACGGUGACACAAAUGAGCAUGCUUUGAAAAAAUUCGCAAAAAUACUUUCCGACGAGAGGAGGCUCCGACAGUUAAAAUCGCCCUGCCAAACCGGAGAAUGAAAGACGCGGACUGGAUUUCUACCUUUCAGUGUCGCAUUAUGGCCCGUUCUAAUCAAACAGAGCGUGGAUGUUUUUACCAAUUCCAAUAUCUCGGAAUUUGAUCAUUUAUCUAU